GAUGAUUAAAUUAAAAUGGAUGAACUGUGUGAUUCCUUCUCUCUGGAUUUUCGCUGCUCCACCAAUGGCGAUCUGCUAAAUUUCACCGCUUUAAUUGGUUUCGACAAGAGAGAUUCAGAGACGAAUUUCAAAUCUUAGGGUUCCUCGUUUUCCUCUUCCUCCAUUGGGUGUUUUUGCUUCUUCUUCUUCGUAAGGAGGGACGCGAACACUUUGGAGAGCAGGGGAACAAUCUUAAUGUCUACUACAUUGGACUCCAUGGAUUCGAUUCUUUUCUCUCUCAGCAGAGCCUUCUGCACCCCUUUCGCCGUCUUCGUUCAAAUCCAGGGAUGUGUUAUAUGCUUACUCCUUGCUCUAGGCUGGUUAAUGGCUGCAUAUAUCAGGAACCGAGAGAUUAAGAGAAUUAAAAACAGCAUGAAAGCGGGUAACAGCUUGGCGUUCCUCUAUCAAGACAUCAAUGAACUUGAGCACUCCAGGCAGGCUAAACUUCCCAGGGUUUCCGUUGUCAUGCCUCUCAAAGGCUUUGGAGAACACAAUUUGCACAAUUGGAGAAGUCAGAUUACAUCUCUCUAUGGUGGACCAUUGGAAUUCCUAUUUGUUUUAGAAAGUACUGAAGACCCUGCUUAUCAUGCUGUUUCCCGUCUAUUAUCUAUGCAUCAGGAUCAGGUUGAAGCUAAGGUUGUUAUUGCUGGUUUAGCAACGACUUGCAGCCAGAAAAUUCAUAAUCAGUUGAUUGGAGUUGAGAAAAUGCACAAAGAUACCAAAUAUGUGUUGUUUUUGGACGAUGAUGUUAGCCUGCAUCCUGGAACAAUUGGAGCUCUCACAGCUGAGAUGGAGAAAAAUCCAGAGAUAUUUAUUCAAACUGGGUAUCCUCUAGACUUGCCCUCUGGAACUCUUGGAAGUUACUGCAUCUAUGAGUACCACAUGCCUUGCUCAAUGGGAUUUGCGACUGGUGGGACAACAUUCUUUUUGUGGGGAGGGUGCAUGAUGAUGCAUGCUGAUGAUUUCAGACAAGAUCGAUAUGGUGUUGCCUCUGGCUUACGUGAUGGUGGAUAUUCAGAUGAUAUGACACUUGCCGCUUUAGCAGGUGCUCACAAGAGGCUCAUUACAUCUCCUCCUGUUGCUGUUUUCCCUCAUCCUCUUGCAACUGAUCUAAGUUUUGGACGGUACUGGAACUACUUGAGAAAGCAAACCUUUGUGCUUGAAUCUUACAUAUCCAAAGUUAACUGGAUAAUGAACAAGGCUUUGUUUGCUGUUCACUGUUAUCUAUCAUGGGGUUUUGUUGCACCAUAUAUCAUGGCUGUCAUCCACAUCACAUCGGCUUUAAGAAUAUACUUCAAGGGAUAUAGUCAACUUGAAGACACGACCUUUGCUUCUAGUGGUAUGUCGCUUGUUAUACUGUUGGCGAUCUGCACAUUCAUCGAACUUCUAUCAAUGUGGAAUUUGACAAGACGAGAAGUGACACUAUGCAAUCUGUUAUCCCCAGAGGCUCCCCGUCUCUCUCUUGCACCUUACAACUGGGGACUUAUAUUCGUAGCAAUGCUAGUGGAUAACUUUCUAUAUCCGAUCUCAGCAUUCCGUUCUCACUUUUCUCAAUCCAUAAACUGGUCUGGAAUUAGAUACCACUUGAGAAAUGGAAAGGUUUUCAAGAUAGAGAGAAGGAAUGAUAUGGUACCAGCCAAGACUGAUUUAGGAGGGAAACACUUGUAUGGUAAGAAGGGAGCUUCACAGAAAGCUUCCUUCUUAAGCUCAUUGGGGAGAAACUUGGCUCACUGGCGACAACCAAAGAAGUUUGAUGUUUAAUAAGUUCGUUUUGUUUUGUUAAAUACAAGUUAGAAAGCAAAGCUCAAAAGUGGUUUCUCAUGCCCGGGAAUUAGCGGGUGAACUGAUGAUUCUUUGGUGAUUCUUUUUCCAGAUGGGGGGAAGAUUUGAUAUUUUUUCUUUCAUUUUCUUGGGUACAAAAUGUUUAUUGGUGAAGAAAAAAAUGCAUGAUUGCCUUCUAGGAAAUUCUUAUUUGUUGAUUUC